GAAAUGGAACACAAAAAUCUUUGACAGAAAGACUCGCAAACAAUCAGCGAUUGGCUUAACUUCCAACUGAGGAUAGAAGCGCUUUGGCGGCCAUUCAAUUCACAUGGCAACAACUGCUUGUGCAGUGGCAGCUUCCACCUCCAUGGCGACGACCGCCGUCUUUAUGCCUUGUCGCCUCCCCACCACCGCCGCCAGAACCACCAUUUGCUCUGCCAUACCUUACCUUCCACCGCGUUUGUCCUCCCCAGUCUUUUCCACUUGCUUGAAACCAUCUCUAGCAGAAUCCAGGAGGUUCUCUUUGCUCCAAGUCAAAGCCUCGUCAGAAGAGACGUCUGUUGAUGCUGGAGAGUUGUUUGAAGAUCUAAAGGGAAAGUGGGAUGCAGUUGAAAACAAGUCUACAGUACUUUUCUAUGGGGGUGGUGCAACAGUUGCAGUUUGGUUAUCUUCAAUUGUUGUUGGUGCCAUCAAUUCAGUUCCUUUGCUUCCGAAGAUUAUGGAGUUGGUGGGGCUUGGAUACACAGGAUGGUUUGUCUACCGGUAUCUUCUAUUCAAGUCAAGUAGAAAAGAGCUUGCCACAGACAUUGAAGCAUUGAAGAAGAAGAUUGCUGGAACGGAGUAAAAGCAUGUGGUUGGAUGGCAAUGCCAUCUUUCAUUUGUUCUCUGAGUGUCCUAUACAAGAGUUGUAUGCACCUAUAAUGUAGAAUAGUUCUAUAUUUUACUAUUGCUCUUGUAUUGCCCAAGUUCUUUGUCUUUCAAAUAAAUUAUUUGAAAAUUUUAUUCUCUAAAUGGCAUACAAUUGCUUAUU